AUGUCGUCACCAUGGGUUGCAAAAUGUCAACCAAAUAUGUAUAUUUUGAUACUUUCUAUUGCUGUAGGUAUAUCUCAUGCCGCUAAAUCGAAGCGGGGUGAAUUAUCGGUUGAAAUUGAGCGACAUUUUCCAUGUUCUACCUCAGGUCCAACUAAGGAGAAUCUACGAAUAAAAUUUCCAAGCUAUAAAUCCGACGGUGUAAAAUUUACAGCCGAGGAAAAUUCCUUUGAUCAUAAAUGUUUCCGAAUGAGUGGUGGAGACGUUGAGGUUGUUGUUGUUGUUGUUGUUGUUGUUGUUGUUGUUGUUGGUGGUGUUGUUGUUGUUGUUGUCAUCAUUAUUGUUGUGUAUCCACCUGGUCUUAAUGGUACCGCUAAAUAUUACAUACAUUUGGAGACUAAAAUUGGCAUCAAUGGUAAACCGGAACGAUGCGUGAACGCAGAUGCGGAUGGUUGUGGCGGUGUAGGCUCAUGUGUUUAUUGUGAUAUUUGUAAAAGUAUGGGUGGUACAUUAAAAAAUUUUGUACAAAUCCUUGAAAAAGGUGAAGUGGCAAAAUGUAAUGCAGAUGGUAUAGCGCCUGGUAAAUAUAAGAAUUUAUCAUUGCGCGUAUGCUUACCAACCAAAGAUGAUUUACUUCCGUUUUUAGAUCAG